AUGCUUCAAAAGAGGGAAAAAAUACUGAGCACCAGCGAAUUCACUCAAUAUGGGGAUUUGGCUAAAUGGGGUUGGGUUCAGAAGAGGCUUUCUUCAGGAUUUGAUGACUGUGGUGGCGUAGACUUCGGUGACUUCGGUGAUCCAUACGUCCUAGAUGUUACCAAGUACCUGGAGGCCGUCUUUGAAUAUUUGAAGAUCAAUUUAGCCGCAGCCGAAGUCUACACCGACAGAAUCGAGUGGAUACAAUCGAAGACUGUGACAAUAGAAGGUGUGACCUACGAUGCAACUAAUGGCCUCUAUGCGAACCUCUUCAAUGUUCAAAGUGGUUUCAUUAUUGCAGACGUCAUUGAGAGUCCCGCAUUUCGAUCCAGUACUAGUCCUCACCCUGUCGAACAUUUAAUCAAGCUUGAGAAAUGGUCGGAUGUUACGUUUCUACAAUGGAAGCAGUCAUGCGCCCAGAAAAAGAAGCCAAUCACCGACUUGAAAUACGUGUUACAAAGUUCUAUCACCAAUGUCGACACGGUGGCUAUUCUACGGGAAGCACUUGGAGAGCCAAAAGAUUUCCAUGAAUGGCGGGACUACGCAGACAAAUCCAAGUUCAAAACGUUCGACGCUACUUCUAACACUGCUGCCUUCGAUGCUUUGCUUAGAACGCCUAAUGUUCAAGGAACCGCUUUUAUGCUCAUCCAGCACAAAGAUGACUUCGGAGGGCCAUGGAAAGUCUCCAGUAUUACAGUUUUUGGACAACUGAAUGGCAACUGGAAACCAGGACUUAUUAUAGAAGUUCAGCCUGUUAAAUAA